CUGUUCUGUGCGGUUGGAUUUUGUCGUUUUGGUGCCUGCUCUUCGGUGAUCCAUAGCUAACAUUUCCGUGUUGUUCAGAAGUUUCGCGCAUCAUCAUCAUUUACGGUGUUGGAAUUUCGAACCAUUUUCCGUACUAUUAUGUUAAGUAGAGUCGAGAGUACGUGGUAAAACUAAUCAUUUUCUCCCAAUCGAUGAAUGUGUCAUCAGUUUGUGCGGUAAAAAAUACCUCCAUGAUCUGUGCUUGUGAGAGGAAACCGGUGUAACUUCUUGUUUUCCACACUUGCUCCUCAUUCACCCCGACGGUUGUGCUUCUUUGCUACGAUACAAAAAGGAAAAAAAUGAAUUCCUGUAAAGUGCGUUGGACUCUCGUCGUCGCCGGUGGAUCUUCAUUGAAGCUUGCAUUUAAACAGUUGUAAUUUUUGUUUAGUGAAAUAAAUCGAGGCAAGUUUUUGCUUCGUAAGUGGAUUUAUUUGAACACGAAUCCUAACAAUCAUUCCAGCUUGGAUAACGGUAGAUUUCGAAAUGUAGUGGUGUUCUAUUGUUUACGUUGCGUUAAGUGAAACGAUUAUUUUGAUGUGUUACAGAAUAUGUGAGGCGGCAAAUGGCGAAUAUUGUGAUGAGUUAAAGCAUGAUCUAGCAGCAAGUUUGUAACUAAAAGCCACAAAUAUUUUUAGUUUCCUUAGCAGAUAAAAAAGUAUUAAUACUAUCCAAGGUGAGAAGAAAAAACAUCAUCUGUGUACGGUUGGUGUGGUUAUUUUUCAUACCCAAAUGUUUCGCAAAUGUCAUGUGGCAGCGACGGCUGUGUUAGUGAAUGUUUAUUGAAACGUUGACGAGAAGUAGGAAAAAAGGAAGGGAAGAACGAACACAUUCUCGCUCAUCUGGCGGAAAGUCUCUGGUUGCUGCUGAUGGUUGCAGAAACCGUUUAACCAGGAAACGGCGCUCGAUUCGGUGGACCAUUCGCCAUAAAUUUAUGAAAAGAUCAAUGUCGACACAUUUCUUUACGCUCGAAUGACCAGCACUCGGAAUGAAAGGAAAAGUGGUAACUCGAAACAGCUGUUUAGUAAGGCGAAACCAAUCUGCUUGAUUUUAUUACCGGAGGUGAACGCAAAAAUCAAGAUUUAGGUGUUGUUAACGAACAUAGCCUGGCGAAUGUGAUUGUUUGUUGCUUCAUUUGUAUAUUCUACUCCAAACUGUGAAAUUAUCAGUGAUUUUUACUGUACGAUCGGAGUACGUAGAGCUUUCACUAAAUAAUUAACAGUGAUCGUGAAAUUAGUGGCUUACUAAAAUCAAUAAAGUGCAAUUAAUCGAAAUCGUAAAAGUGCGCGAUAGGCCAAUCGGUUCCUAAUGGUGGUACCUAACGAUGACACAACUGGAGGAUACGAGAAAGGAUGUUUCAUCGACUGGUGGCUUUCAGCCCACGACACCUUUGACUCCUCAACAAACGCAGCAACAUCUGCAUAUUAUAGGUGGCCAAUCCGGGGUACACAAUUUGGCCCCAGAAUCUACCAGAACCUACGUAUUCCCAAAUUCAAGCAUAGUGGGAGGUAGUGGAUUACCUCCCAGCACCACCGGUGUCAAUCGGGCCCUGUUUGAUCAUCCUAGAAAUGGAGGACACUCUCGAUCGAUCAGCCAUGGAGAAGGUUCCUUCGGGAUGUAUGGAGCUGCCGGUAGGCCGUCCGUACUCAAAUCGGCUGUCAAAGGUGGUCACCAACGGGCCUUAUCACAGGGUCAAAUUACCGAUGCCCCUUUGCCACGAUCCGGACAUAGCCGGGUUGGCUCCAAGACAGAUUUUAUUCUUCCACCGGGCCACAAGGAACCACCCGAAACGAGGGAAACGGGAACCGCUUCCACUUCGGGGAAAGGACAUUCGCGUCAAGCAUCACGGUCGGAGUCGAUCUACACACUCCGGCGGGCCGAUCGGCCUCCCUGGUGGAAACGGAUAAUGUUCUGUCGCAGUAGUAAAUUCGAAGAUCGAGGGUACAGAAUAGUGGUCCCUAAUCACACAGUGCCUCCGAAAACGCCAAAACACGACCACCCGAACGGACGGCUGAUUGGCAACAAAAUUCGGACUACCAAGUACACACUAUUGUCUUUUGUACCGAAAAAUCUACUGGAACAAUUCCACAGGGUUGCGAAUUUGUACUUCAUAUUUAUAGUGCUGCUCAACUGGUUUCCGCAGAUCAACGCCUUCGGUAAAGAAAUCGCUAUGAUCCCGGUACUAUUUGUGCUGGGUGUGACGGCUAUCAAGGACCUGUUUGAGGACCGAAGACGGCGGGCUUCAGAUAAGCGAAUAAAUAACUCAACCUGCCGCGUGUACAAUGGGGAAUCUGAGCGCUACAAAAAAAUACUGUGGCAAGAUGUUCGCGUGGGUGACCUUGUGCAUCUGUCAAAUAACGAAACAGUUCCGGCGGAUAUUUUGCUGCUCAAGUCCAGUGAUCCGCAUGGUGUGUGCUAUAUCGACACCUGUGACCUGGACGGGGAAACCAACCUGAAGCGGCGACAGGUGAUACGUGGUUUUGCCGAAAAACAACAUAUCUUCAUGCCUAGUAAAUUUACGAGUCGGAUUGAGGUGGACGCACCAUCCACUAAAAUCUAUCGGUUUCAUGGAGCUGUGAUACAUCCAUCGGGGGAACGAGUGCCGGUAUCCACCGAGAGUUUACUGCUAAGAGAAAGUCGUCUGAAGAAUACGGACUACGCCGAGGGUAUCGUUGUCUAUGCCGGUCACGAAACGAAAGCGAUGCUCAAUAAUAGUGGUCCACGGUACAAGCGUUCUCAAAUUGAGCAACAGAUGAACAUCGAUGUUAUAUGGUGUGUGAUUAUACUUAUAAUUCUUUGUGUUAUUGGUGCUAUCGGUUGUAAAAUGUGGCUGUCGUCAUUCGUUGCGAUUUCGGGUGAUAACAACGAAACCUAUCGUAUUCCUUAUCUGCCGUUCGAAAUAAAUCCCGAUUACGAGGGUCUGUUGGCCUUCUGGACGUUUGUGAUCAUUUUGCAGAUCAUGAUACCUUUGUCGCUGUACGUAACCAUCGAGCUCUGCAAAAUUAUGCAAGUUUACCACAUACACAACAGUAUCGAUCUGUUUGAUAUGCAAACGAACAAAAGAACGGAAUGUCGAGCGAUGAAUAUUACGGAAGAGCUGGGACAGAUUCGAUACAUAUUUUCGGAUAAAACUGGAACACUGACAGAGAAUCGGAUGAUAUUCCGGAGGUGUACGAUCGUGGGCGUAGACUACAACCAUCCGGAGACGGAAGAAGAGAAAGAACUGACCAAACUCGGAGGUCCCGUGCCGUAUCUUCAGCCAAAUAUUAGUUUAAUAGAAAACCUAAACCAGAUUACCGAUGCGAAUCGUUUUACUGGCAGUGCCCAGCAAAUUCAGGAAUUUUUCCUGGUGUUGGCGAUUUGCAAUACGGUGGUCGUAAGUGCCACACCCCACAGGGACCAGAUGAAUGCAAGCGGAGUGAUCGAACUGAAUGACAGUGAUACGAGUGUGACCUUAGUGCGACCGGUGGUCGUCGAUGCGAUCGCAAAUGGGUUAGAUCCCGCCAGCGAUCGAUACGCAAGACUCACCGAAUCACGAUCGAUCACACCGUCGCCACCACCGAAUGUCCCUACGUCACUGCCGCUAAAGCAAACCCACGUGCCAUCGCUGUCGCCAAUAAGUAGCUCAGCAGAAACAUCUCCCAUGUCGGAAAGCCCUCCCAUGAAGCUAAAAGCGAAUACGCCAACAGCGCGUGUCAAAUCCCUGGUCGCCAAGCUACCCAAAGGUCCAUUCAAAUGUAGCAGUAGUAGCAGUAGUAGUAGUAAAAAUAAGUUUAGCAUGAAUAGCGUUAAGUUCCAAAAGUCCCACUCUCAGGGAUCAACACCAAGUGAUCGCCGUCCUAUUUUCGAAGCCGAAAGUCCCGAUGAACUUGCGUUGGUUAACGCGGCAUACAGCUACGAUGUUUGUUUGAUAAAUCGGAGUCCCAAUCACGUUUUAGUGAAUGUUCCCGGAGAUGGUGUCGUCGAGUACGAAGUUCUUAAAAUAUUGCCAUUUGAUUCUAAUCGCAAGUGUAUGUCAGUGGUGGUACGGAAAACAGGCACCCAAGAGGUUGUACUGUACACCAAAGGCGCUGACAGUUCCAUCAUGUCUUCGUUGGCACCAUGCGCGACUGACUCCGAUGAAUAUCGGUUUCGCGAACAGACGCAGCAUCAGUUAAAUCUGUAUGCCCGUCAAGGUUUACGCGUACUCGUUAUGGCAAAACGAAAACUUGAUCCAACGGAUUUUUCCGAAUGGUAUAGUAAACACCAGGAGUGUGAAUUAAGCAUGGAAAAUCGUGAAAAGAAAAUACGAGAAUCGUUUGGUGUUUUGGAACGAAACCUUACGCUUCUUGGUUCAACUGGCAUCGAGGAUCGCCUGCAGGAAGGUGUACCGGAAACGAUUGCAUCUCUACUACAAGCAGGAAUUGUGAUAUGGGUGCUAACCGGGGACAAAACAGAAACGGCAAUCAAUGUUGCAUACUCAGCCCGGUUGUUCAACUCUCAAAUGGACAUCCUUCGUUUGACUGCUCGAUCACGGGACUCUGCUGAAGCAUGUAUAAACUUCUAUUUGAAUGAAAUCGAAAAACAUCUGAACGACGUGGAGUUUUCGAUUCGAAGUGAUCGGGAUAAGGGACGGGCGUUGGUGGUCGAUGGUAAAACGCUCACCUUCAUUCUGGAUUUGCGAUCGAACCUGACAAAGCCGUUCCUUAAGUUGACCAGAUAUUGCUCGUCGGUUUUGUGUUGCAGGGCCACCCCUCUGCAAAAGGCUUUUCUGGUGAAGGUGGUGAAGGAGGAACUUCGGAUGACCACACUGGCGAUUGGCGAUGGAGCUAAUGAUGUUUCCAUGAUACAGAUGGCCGAUGUGGGCGUAGGAAUUUGCGGACAAGAAGGCAUGCAAGCAGUAAUGGCGUCCGAUUUUACAAUGGCUAAAUUUAGAACCUUGGAGAAGUUAUUGUUAGUUCAUGGUCACUGGAACUACGAUCGGCUUGCGCGUAUGAUCACGUACUUUUUCUACAAAAAUGCCGCCUUCGUGUUCUUGCUCUUUUGGUAUCAGCUUUACUGUGGAUUUUCCGGUGCCGUGAUGAUAGACGAAAUGUAUCUGAUGAUCUACAACCUCAUUUUUACUGCAUUGCCUCCACUUGCCAUUGGUGUCUAUGACAAGAAAAUAAUAGACGACUUACUGCUCACCUAUCCUCGACUGUAUCGACAUGGUCGUCUGGGCAAAGGCUAUAAACCACAUACCUUUUGGGUUGUUAUGUUCGAUGCGCUUUACCAGAGUUUAGUGAUUUUCUUUGUAGCAAAGGCAGCCUAUUGGGAUUCAGACGUAGACAUCUGGGUGUUCGGUACGACGAUCACGUCAUCUUGUCUGUUCGCCAUGCUUCUUCACUGUGCCAUAGAAAUUAAAUCAUGGACAAUUCUGCACGUAUUAUCAAUUGCAAUCAGCAUAGGAUCGUUCUAUGUAUUCGCCUUCGCAUACAACAGCGUGUGUGUCAGUUGCUUCGGACUACCUUCCAAUUAUUGGGUGAUUCACAUGGCUAUGAGUUCCAUACAGUAUUAUCUCAUAACAGUCCUGACUGCAGUGCUUGCUCUGUUGCCCCGUCUCAUAUAUCGUGUUCUGGAGAACACCAUCUGGCCAGGUGAAGGUAUUCGUGUGACGUUACAGUACAAGGAAGAGAAACGAAGAGAACCGCCAAUCACUGGACUGCGCAUAAGACUGUAAUCAGAAUUCUCUCCGAAAGAGAAAGCUUCAUCAGUAUGCACCGGUAUAUGAUAUCUUCAAUAUUUUGAGGGAUCAAUUUACAAAAUGACGAAAUAUUAAUGUUAAUCCUAAUCACCAUCGUAGUAUGUCUCAAUAAAAAUUAAACUAGCCCAUCAGAUAAUUCCAGUGCAACUGAUAGCGGCCUUAACAUUCAAUUCUCAAUUCCUAUUUUAUUGAAACCAUAGAAAAUUGCAAUCAUUAUAGAAUAAUGCUUCAACAUCUCGCUGAGCCAAAUUAAAUUGUCUUGCUGGAAUCUUAGCUUAGCACCUGCGUACUAGAAAUCACGAUAGUGCAUUUUAUUUAAACACAAAACAAUACGCUUAUCGAUGGAAAAAUAGUAGCAAUGCGUUAGUGCAGUAAUCUACAUUGUUUUCGUGUAUUACAUACUCGAAUGAAGAAAGCAUAACUGGAAAGGCUGUGAGAAACCUGAACACUACGAAAAUAAAAUUGUUGUCAAAUUGAAGCGCAGCAGAGUAGGAGCAACAAUCAAGAAAGUGUACCGAUUAUAAGGAUAGAGACAAUAAGCAAUGUCUGUAGGUUAUCUGAUAUUGAAUACUUGAUUAACUGACAAACUGCGCACUAAUCGAAGACUAACCCUGAGUGAAAACAAUAACGAUAUCAAUAUUAUACAAGGGGAAAGAAAAUGGUAUAGUCCAUUGUUGGGGUCGGUCCUCUGAGGAGGUUAAUUUACUACCGUUGCCUAGAUGCGCUAAAGACAAUUUACUGUUAGCAAACCGAUAUACAAUGUGCAAAAUACUAGUAUUCCUUCAGUAUGGGAAACACUAUGGUAGGAAAUCCGAUAGUAAAUUAUUUAAUUUUAUCCUGUAAGCACGCUACAGUAAUAUUAAGUUGACAUCAACAGAUUUAUAAUAUUGACAAUUCUACUAAACCAAUCAUAUAACUGAAUAGUGAAUCAAUCUGUAUAUAUUGUGAAACGAAAUAGGAAUCGAAAUUCAAACUGUUACAUAAGUGUUAUAUUUUAUUGAUCAAGUCGAAACAAACUGAUUUUUAUGAAAAAAACUGUAACUU